AUGACGAAUGUCAUCCUAGAUGGCAGCUCAUUCGACGCACUCGACGCGCUCAGCCCUUACCAAGGACUCAGCGGCGGUGCGAGUGCGGACAAUGGAUUUGUCGUCAAAAACAGCCUCAUCAAUCAAGACCCCGCCUUGUGUGCGACUGCAAGCGGCGUCGUCAAGGAACUCUGGGCUAAACACUCUUCCAUGACCAAACAACGUUUCACGGAUGGAUAUCGAAGACAAGGCACAGCGACCAAGGAGUCGACCGCCACAACGGCCAACACCCAGAACGUGGGCAUCGAUAUGUCCGAGCUCACGCUGUAUCGGCUGGACCAGCAGGACGUGAUCCCGCAAAGCAAACUUGCAUCGGGGGCGUUUGCCGACGUGUUGUACGGAACGUACAAAGGAAUUCCCGUAGCCGUCAAGAAGCUCCUCAGCUCUCGCGUCGGAGUGAACGAAGUCCAGGGACUCAUCGAUGAAAUCAAACUUCUCGCCAGCUUUACGUCGCCGUAUAUAAUCAAGCUGAUCGGGUGCUGCUGGGACCAACCGUCCGACUUGGAGUGCGUCCUCGAGUACAUGAACGCGGGCGACCUCCGCGAUAACCUCAUCACGCGCGACUCAGUCGAGUUUCCGUGGAACGAAAAGCUCAAGGUCAUCGCUGCAGUUGUCGACGGCCUCGCGUACCUCCACUCGUUUCCGGUGAUCCACCGCGACUUGAAGAGCCGCAACGUCCUCAUGGACACGGUCAAGCCGGCCAAGUUGACCGACUUUGGCGUGUCCAAGGAAGACACACAAGAAACCAUGACGGUUGGUGUUGGCACGUACCGGUGGAUGGCGCCGGAGAUUCUCCAGUUCAACCAUUACUCGGUGGCGGCCGACAUCUUUUCGUUUGGGAUGGUGUUGUCCGAGCUCGACUCGCACAAGAUCCCGUACGCAGACGUGACCAACCCAAAGAACGGCAAGCCCCUCGUGGACACGGCCAUCAUGGGCAUGGUGAUUACAGGCACGAUCAAGCCGACGUUUUCGGAUGAUAUGCCCGAGUGGAUCCGAGACAUGGCGGAACAGUGCAUAUCGUUCAAUCCAGAGGACCGUCCCACGGCCAUGGUUUUGUCCCACAUCGUACACAAACUACUGAAGCGGAGCACCGCACGAUGA